AUUUACUAAUAAAAUUAGUUAGACCGCAAAGCUUGGUAUGUCAACACGUGUCGUAGGUUUAAAAUGUAAACAAUUCAUGUGAAAAUGUCGAAAAUGACACUAUAUGUGUGUGUUUGUGUUGUUUUGUAUAUGAAUAGUGUGGUUUCAUAUUCGUUUGUAAAUGAAUUGGAGACAGACCAACAUCAACACAGACAUUGUACACAUGAACACCCCAAAGAAGACCAAGUUAUACGGGGUGUUCAUAUAGAGCCAGCCCAUUUAGUAAAGAAACGAAGUAUAGACCAACCAUUAAGAAUAAGUAUAGUUUAUGACCACUCUGUAUAUAGGUUAGAACAAGAGAAAUUUGAAAUGAUAAAUAAUACAAUACUGCCAGAUGCUGUGAAGUUCUGGGAACAAGCUUUAAAAGUGAGGAAAACCGGAGGACCAAUUAGACUUAAUAGAAAAUGCCCAACGCGUCAAGUGUUCAUCAGAAACGGUCGAUCACAUUGUAUCGACUCGUGCAGCGCUGAAACUAUGUGUGGGGAGGUUCGGGUGCCCGAAGAACAUUUAAAUCCAUGCCACGUUUGCAAUAGUACGGGACAUCUCUGCCGGGAAUUACCGCGAUAUCGUGACGAGGUGACGACUACUGAAUUUAGUGAUAACGCACUAGACAGUGUUGAGAUGGAAACGGCAGCUCCACAAGAAGAGUCAAUAGGUAUAGAAAACACAGAUUUCGUGUUAUAUGUAAGUGCAGUCGAAACUGAGAGGUGUAGGCGUGGCCUGACCGUCGCCUACGCAUCGCAUUGUCAGCAGGAGUCAGCACUGGACAGACCAGUGGCUGGUCACGCCAAUUUCUGCCCCGGCGAGCUGUCAACCCGCUACAGGGACUUACCACACGUGCUGUCAACUGUCAAACACGAAAUGCUACACGCGCUGGGAUUUAGCGUGUCCCUAUUCGGGUUUUACAGAGAUGAAAAUGGCGAUCCUCUCACACCAAGACGUGUAGACACAGGAAAUCCACCAUUAGAUGAGCAGCUCCAAAUCCAUAAAUGGUCAGACCGGGUAGUUAAGAACAUAACCAGGCCAAGAUGGAUGAUCAGAGGUGGUUAUAUGGAGAGGACCCUUCAUAUGAUCGUUACUCCUAGAGUUGUUAAGGAGGUCCGUGAACACUUCAACUGCUCAAUACUAGAGGGUGCUGAGUUAGAAGAUCAAGGUGGAGAUGGAACUGCGCUCACACAUUGGGAGAAAAGAGUUUUUGAGAACGAAGCCAUGACCGGUACGCACACGCAAAACAGCGUGUUCAGUAGAAUCACAUUCGCCAUGAUGGAAGAUACAGGCUGGUACAGGGCCGACUACUCCCUCUCUUCCCCCCUUCAUUGGGGAAAGAACUUGGGUUGUGGCUUCGCAACGACCUCCUGCAAACAGUGGCUCAAUACGCAAAGGUUAAGCGUGGAAAAUUCUACUGACGACAAUAAUGAGACGGAAAUCAUGCGGAGAAACCCGGCGCCAUUUUGUGAGCGAAUCAAGGGCGAACCCUUACGAACGGAAUGCUCACCGCGUCGGAAUGCUGUGGUACUCUGCAAUUUAGUCAGGCACGACAAUAUACUUCCCAGGCAGUACCAGCACUUCGAUACUUUACCAAAUGUGCCAUCGGGUGACGAAUCCCACUACGGAGGCUCUGUAUCAUUGGCAGACUACUGCCCAUAUCUCCAGGAGUUCACGUGGAAACACAAGAGCGUACUACUACGAGGCAGCCGAUGUUCCUAUGAGGAGAAUACACCUAAGACUGAUGUAAAUUUCGCGUUAGAAAACUACGGAACCCACUCCAAGUGUUUUGAUCACAGCGAUCGGGUGUGGGAGCAGAAAUCUUGUAGACAGAUUAGAGAAUGGCAACACUGGGGCUCCGGUUGCUAUAAAUAUAAGUGUGAUAGUGGUCGACUACAUAUUAUAGUUGGCAACUACACUUAUACCUGUUACUUUGCGGGACAAGUGUUGCAAGUGCGAAUAAUUCAAAAAGGCUGGCUUCAUAAAGGCGGCGUCGUUUGUCCGCCUUGCAGGGAAAUGUGUGGAGAUGAGUUUGCUUCACGCAAUGAAUACUGCAAAGGCGGUGAAGAGGCGCCACCACCGAAUCUUUACCCCAACGACGUCCUCGCUUGCAACGCGCCCAAAGUGUACAGCGACAUCAUCAUUCUAUUUUCAUCAAUUCUGAGUAUAUUUUACUAGUGCCACGAGCACAUCUGACAAGUUUGAUGGUUGUAUAUUCGAGAGACUUUGUUAAAACGUUUUUUCACGUGUAUUUCAAUUCAAAUUCUUAAAAGGCCGGCAACGCACUCGCGAACCCUCUAGCAUCGAGAGUGUCCAUGGGCGGCGGUAUCACUUAACAUCAGGUGAGCCUCCUGCUCGUUUUCCCCCUAUAAAAAAAAUUAAUAUGUGUGCAAUUUUUAGCAUCGGUAUUAAUUAGAAAACAAAUGGUCUAAGGGUUUGCAUGGGAAGAACUGUUUUUUUUUCCACCUUCCUUUUAGAUUGGAAAAAUAAAUUAUCCAAAGUUACCUGCUAGAACAGGGGCUAAGGGGCAGGAGCCUCAUCUGAUGAUAAGUGCUACCGCAGCCCUAACAUUGCCAGAGAGCAUUUUAAGAUUUGGUACAGUUUUUUCUUGAAGGACCCUAAGUCGAAGGGGUUCUAAAGUACUUAAGUGGUGGUACUUAGUGUCCAAUAUUAACUGUGGAUUUUUUUUCUACUGCAAUCUUGUAAAUAAAUAACAUGACAUUUUUAGACAUUUAAUACCCAUAUUGAUAGUAAUUUUUCAAGGCUAAGGCCUAGGCCUCCUGUUCUUCUAUAUCAUCAUCAAAAGAAAUACCGCUCUUCAAUAUUAUUUAAAUUAUUGAUAUGUUUGUUUAUUAUCUGUGGUGCUUAUUGCUUUAAAUUAUUUUAUUGUCGGAAUAUAUUGGUUGUGAUAAGCCAGUACACUUUUACUUAAGCGGCUAUUUUACUUAUAAACGCCAUUUAAGUCGAUGUGAAGCCAUAGAAGGCUGGAAUGUUGGCGUGUAUAUAAUUAACUAAAUUAAUAAUAAAUUUCUUUGUUGUAAAACACUUAAAUCACCGGUUUAACAUUAAAAAAUCACCUCCACCGACCUUUUUUUGUAUCUGACAAUGAAGAAUAAUUUAUUUAUUAUAAUUACUUAGUUUUAAGUAUAUUUAUGUAUUAGUUUAAGUGAAAGUGACUUUAUACUUGAAAAUACCAACUGACACUUCAUAUGUCACAUUUUUCUAUGACGUUUGACAUUGACUUUGACACAUGAAAAUGAUACCGAUGCGUCUUUGUUUUACGCGGGAUUAUCAAAUAGUAACCGAACGGAAAUUUUCAUGAAUUAUUUUCAUAAUUCGACGUUUCGAGUGGCUCAAACCGCAUUCUAAUGGUCGAGUUAUGUAAAUAAUAUUGUGUAGAGAUUUCGUUAAACCGUUUUAGUGCUAAGCAUUUUUUGCAAGAAGAAAAUGAGAAAAAUUUAUUUGAAGGUAAAACAAUAAUGUCAAAUAAAUCAAUUUAAAUGGAUAUACUUUUUGUGUUGUAAAGAAAAAUGCUAACUGUGGUUGUGAAUAAGAAAAAAUAUUUUUUUUAUCAGUUUCACGAUUUGUAGCACUAAAACGGUUACAGUUUUUUGAGCUAAACAGAACUGUAUACUGAAUGGAUUAUGCCCAAACCCAAUAACCUAUCUCUAUCCAUUUUUGACCUUCUGAGACAGAUAUCUUAACCCAAAUAUUUAUAAUAGUGUGCCAAUAACCAAUGGACGGAUUGUAAUAGCCAUCUGUCGAUACAAGCUAUCCAUGGUAAAUCUGAUCGGUGUAGGUGGAUAGACCAUUGUAUGAAAAUGACAGUUCAACUGUGCAAAUAUCCUAUCUCAAGAUUUUAUCUUACCCCAGUUGCAUACACCCCCCCCCCUCCAUCCAUCGCCAAAAAUGGGUUGUCUUCGUAGGGUUUGGUUAUUGGGAUGCAGAAAGGAGAUCGAUCGACAUACCACUGUCUGAAGAUUGUAGAUUAAUUAUUGGGUUCGGGCGUAAAAAUAUAUGACUCUAAAUCCCAGUGUUUCCCAACCUUUUUUGGGCUCUGAUUAAAUGAUAGUAAUAAUACUUGGAAAUCAUUAACGAAACGUAUAAAGUAUUUAAAAGAUAUAGUGAAAAAUUAAAAUUACAAUUUUUUUUUAAAUACAUAAUACAUUUUUGAAUAUCACAAUCAAAUUUCCCCCCUGUAGGCAGUGGGCCUCGUUGGGAUACACUGAUUUUAGUUAAAAUAAUGCCUUUUAUAAUAUAUGUUUAUAACUUUAACUAUUAAAUCAUGGUUUUGGCUAUUUCAGUUGUAGUUAAAAUAUCCUUUGUACAAACUUGUAAAUUCAUAGAAACUUUUAUAAAUUACAAUUAAAUUAUAAUAUUAUUUUAAAGAUUAUAUUAUAAUUGUGUUCCAACGAAAUAUUGGUAUGAGGCAUUAAUUUAAGUGUGGAUUGUAAAUAAUUUAGUAAUGACUGUGUAAAUUGUGUGGAUGAUUGAAAAAAUAUUUUACCUA